UCUAUCUACAUCUGCGUCUUUCUCUCUCUAGCUUUGAAAGAGUGGCCCUCUGCACUUUCUCUCUCUAGCGGAGGCGGUCUAUUUUCUCUCUCUACAUCUGCACUUUCUCUAUGUAACUUGGAAAGAGAGGCAUUUCCAAAAGAGACAUUUCUCCCUCUAUAUCUCCACGAGACAAGAGAGAGGCCCCUCUCUCUCUCUCUCUCUCUCUUCGAGUGGCUCUGCUCCAGCGUUAUUAAGAAUCAAACAAAAAGCCAUUGGGCAUCUCUCUCUUUCUCUCUCUAUGUUUUCACUCUUCCCUUUCUCCCCUCAAAUGGCCGGAGUCCUACCGGGAAAUAUUGCGGGCGACCUCCUCAACUAAACUAUUAGGUCUUCCCUCUCUUGCCGUCAAUGACCCAGGACAUUUUCCGGCGGCGAAACCAAGGGGAAGAGGAAGGGACUCGCCGGAAAACUGGAACACUAGACGGAGGUGCGGCCAUGAGGAUCAUCGUUCCAUUACAGGGCGUUAUUCAGGGAAGGGGGGGCCUGGUUCUGGGGUUUGUCGCCCCUUGUGCUCUCUUCUAUUUUCUGCAACUUUUUUUCCGGCGAUAUCGCUCCUCUUCUUCUCCUCCUCCUGCUCCUCCUUCUAGGUCGGUUUCGUCAAGCCAAUUGGCUGUGGAAUCGGAAACUCAGUCUCAAUUGGGGAGUCUGGUUUCUCUGAGAGGUUCUUCAGGGCCUGCAUAUAUUUCAUCGAGGGCUUUGAGUUUGCGUAAAACAGGAAAUUCAGAGUAUUAUGUGGGUUUGAAGGAGUAUCUUGAUAAUCCUUACGAUCCGGUGAUGAAUCCAAAUGGGGUGAUUCAGCUUGGUUUGGCUGAUAACAAGUUAACAUUGGAUUUGAUUGGAGAAUGGAUGAGCAAUAAUAUGAGGAGAUCAUUGCUCGGUGACGAUGAAGUUGCUCCUCUGAGUAUGUGUGGAAUUGCCGGUUAUCAAAGAUUUGAUGGAUUGCCCGAGAUGAAAUAUGCCGUGGCAGGAUUCAUGAAUCAAGUCUUGAAUGGGAAGGUUUCAUUCAAUCCAUCACAGAUAAUAUUGACCGCUGGUGCGACCCCUUCAAUUGAGAUCCUUAGCUAUUGCCUUGCAGAUCCAGGCAAUGCAUUUCUUGUUCCUUCUCCCUACUAUCCUGGGUUUGAUAGGGACAUAAAGUUUCGAAGUGGGGUUGAGAUGAUACCAGUCCCUUGCCGGAGCACUGAUAGCUUCAACAUAAGCAUAACCGCUCUAGAUAGAGCUUACACUCAAGCCAAGAAACGGGGACUAAAAGUUCGUGCUCUCUUACUCUCAAACCCAUCCAACCCAGUAGGCAAUUUGAUUAGUCGGGACUUAUGGUACAGCCUCCUCGAUUUUUCUAGAGAGAGAGACAUCCAUCUCAUCUCUGAUGAAAUAUUUGCUGGAUCAGUAUAUGGGGAUGGAGAGUUUGUGAGUGUUGCAGAGGUUCUAAGCUCAGGCGAGUUUGACAAGAGCAGGGUCCAUAUAAUAUAUGGGCUCUCAAAAGACAUGUGCCUUGCUGGAUUUAGAGUUGGAGUUCUGUAUUCCUAUAAUGAGAGUGUAUUGGCUGCUGCGACAAGGUUAGCGAGGUUUUGCCCUGUCUCAGCUCCUACACAACGGCUCAUGACCUCUAUGCUCUCUGAUAGAGUUUUCAUUGCGCAGUUCCUUAGAGAGAAUAGAGAGAGGCUGACAAAGAUGCAUGGGGCUUUUGUUGGUGGGUUGAAGGAAUUGGGCAUAGAGUGCACAAAGAGUGUGGGGGGUUUCUAUUGUUGGGCUGAUAUGAGCCAUUUGAUACGAUCAUAUAGUGAAAAAGGAGAGAUUGAGCUUUGGAAAAAGCUGUUAUAUGAUGGUGGCGUUAAUGUUACGCCUGGUUCGUCUUGUCACUCUAUUGAACCUGGGUGGUUUAGGUGCUGCUUUACCAUGUUGAGCGAGGAGGAAUUGGGUGUGGCCAUGGAAAGGAUCCGCAAGAAAAGUACAAGCUUCAAGUGCAUGAAAACUUUUAAUGGGAUGGGUAUUAAUAGCUCAGAAACUGGGUUCCAUGAUCAUGGCAGAUAACAAAAAUUGGCAUCGCAGCCCUUCUUUCUCCUUCCGUGAUCUUCCCUUCUGCUCUCAUCUCUUCCCUCUGCAGUUCAUAAUUUUGUUAUCAUUAAAAACUCGGAACACUUAUCACUAAACUACUCCUCUCUUUCCUUUAUUUUGUUGGUCUUGGUGGUUGUUUUGUCAUUGACCCUGUCUGCAGGGGCAUCAUACACAGCAAUUAGGGCUAUAUGCCUAUGUUCUUUCUUGUGGAAUUCGAGGAAGUGGAUAUGAGCUAUUGGGUUGUGAAUCUACAAACUAGCAACGGAGCUUGGGAAAUUAGGGAACAUCAAGCCAGCUGCUAAACUUUAUUUGAACUUUGCUUAUCAGUUGUCUGCAGGAAUUUGCAUGGGUUUUCAGAGCUCAUAAAUUAGGAGGGUUUUUGAAUCCGUACAGUGCAAGCCAUGAUCAAUGUAUCACACUCGUCUUCUUUUUC